GCCGCGGGGACACGUGGCCGCGGCGGGAAGCGGCUGGAGCGCGGUCAAAAGUUGGAGAGCUUGCCUGACAUUGAAGGGAGGACCUUCACUCAGCAGCAGAGAACUCGAUUGAGAAAAAGUCUGUGGUGAGCAGAAGCCUUGUCAGAUAAUUCACCAAAAUGGUUUUAAAGAAGAAAAAAGAAAUCCAGGUGGAUGCACUUGUUCUUGAUCACAAGGAAGUUGAAAGACUUCAGUCAUUCGUAGAUGCUGAAAAGCAAAAUCUGGCUUCUCUACUGUUGCACUGUGUACAGUUGCCUGAUGGCAUCCAGCAAAUCCAGUGUAUUAAGCAGAUUGUGCCUUUACUGAAGAAGAUGGAUGUAAACUCUUCAUGUAAUCCCAUGGUUAAAAGCUGUUUGGAUAUUUUAGGAAUCAUUUAUUUUUCACUGAGCACAAAAAAUCCUUUGAAAAAGGUGUUGGCCAGUUCACUAAAUGGCCUUCCGGAACCAUUUAUGACAGAAGCUGUGCAGAGUUUCAUUUGCUGCCUUAAAAAAGAACUAGAAACUACAGACAUAUACUCAUACAGAAAAGUUUUGGACAGUCUUGCUUCCUGUAUGGAGAACUUCAGUCUAGGUAAAGCAGGUGUUAACAGCUUAUUCAAAGAAGUUCUUCAGUUUCUGCAGAAGUCUUUAAUUGAAAUUCAGGAAGGAAACAGAAAGCUUAGUGGAAAUCGUGUUGCUCAGACUCAAUUGAUGCAUGAUUUAUUGAUGGCCAUUAAAGUUUCUAUGAUAGUAGUCCAGAAAGUGCAAGAAAAUAUUCAGGAGAAUCUUUGGAAGAAACCUGGGUCUUUUGUUUGUCAAAGUAUGUGCAGUUUACUGAAGUGUUUCACAAACUGCUUAAUGGAUGAAGAAGUAUUGCAGACUGUUCAGACUACCUCUGGACUGGCUGUCAUUCUCUUUAUGAAGAUUCUGUUUGAACCAGUUGAAAAGCUACCUUCUUUGGUCAGUGAUUUGCUCCUUCACUCGGUGAAAUGUGUGGAUGUACCAGAGUGGUUUAUGGACAGCUGUGGAAUUCUGUGUACUGCAGAGGUUUCAGAUUCAACUCUCCUCUUCCUUUGUCAUGGAGCCUUGGCCAUGCUUGAGUGGAAGAAUAACAGCAUGGGUCAAAAUGGAGAGAAAUUGCUCUUGGAUAUUGUGUUGGUUUUGUUAUCUCUGAAUUCACGGUUAAAAGAAUCCAGUAUGGCUAUGUCCUUGUCAAGAAUUUUAGCAAUUUGGACUAGUUCAGCAUUGGAUGUCCUUGAUUCAAGCUCCCAGAGUCUAAAAUGCGCUCUUACUGGAAACUCAGACACGACUGGGAAACUGCUAGAGUAUGUGUACGCACAUUGGGAGCAUCCUUUAGAUGCUGUUAGACACCAGAGUAAACUGAUCUUCAGGAAUCUCCUCCAGAUUCACCAAGCCACUCUUAAAGGAUCUGUUGUGAAAUCAGACCCAUUCUUGUCAAUGUUGACAGAGAACUUACUAAACCUCGAAUGGCAUGUGAAAGGGAAAUAUGCUUCCCUUAGCUGCCUUGUGGAGUGUGUGGGCAUUGAAAAUAUCUUGACAGUGGACAGAACAAUUCCAGUGCAGAUUUUGGAUGUCAUGGGCGAUCAGUCUCUUGCACCUUAUGCAAGUGAUCUUUUGGAAACCAUGUUUUCACAUCAUAAGAAUCAUCUGACAGCUGUAUUUCAGGAAAGCACCUGGAUUGACCAGUGGCAUGAAACAUGGGUCUCCCCUCUUCUUCUAAUAUUGUGUGAAGGGAAUCCUGACCAAACUACUUACGUCAUUGAUUAUUAUUUACCAAAGUUGCUGAAAUGUAAUCCAGGCAGUCUGAACUACAUGAUUAAAAUUCUUCAGGCUUCUAGUGAUGCUAAUGUUGGGUCUUGGAAUACCAGAGGAGCUCUUGGAGCCUUGAUGGCAUGUCUAAGAACAGCUCGGGCUUAUGGACACCUACAAUUUGCAGAUGUCAUGAAGGAUGGUCUUGUGUCUGUUGGAUGUAUCAAACAAGGUUUAGUUCAUCAACAUGUUCAGGUUCGCAUAGAUGCUUUAGGUUUGCUUUGUGAAACCCAUCGCAGCACAGAAAUCGUGUCCAUGGAAGAGAUGCAGCUAGUACAUUUUUUUAUUAUGUAUAAUUUGAACAGUCAGUCUCCUGCAGUGAGGCAGCAGAUUUGUUCUCUACUGAAAAAGUUGUUUUGUAGGAUACAAGAAAGUUCCCAGCUGCUUUAUAAACUGGAGCAAAAUAAAACCAAGCAAGAGUCAGUUAAAGAACUGGCAAAAUUGGAUCCUUUUGGCACUUUACAGCAAUAUAAAGAUUUCGUAUCAUCUGUAUGUGACAGACUUUUUGAAGCCCUGUUUCCUGGAUCAUCUCAUCCAACCAGAUUUUCUGCAUUAACUAUUUUGGGAUCGAUAGCUGAAAUAUUUUCUGUUCCAAAUGGUCAGGCACAAGCAGUCUUUCAGCUGGCUGAAGAGAUUGGUCGUACCCAUGUUCAAACACUAAUCAAGUGUUUUGCCAGCACUUUUGAGGAAGUAAAAAUUUUAGCAUUUGAACUUCUGAGGAAACUACACAAAGCUACAGUAAAUUUACAGGAUUCCGGAGACAUACAUCACUUAUUUCAAGCAUCAAUGGAUCUUAGCACAAGUACCAAGCCAUAUGACUCUGUAACUGCUUCGUAUUUGCUGAACUUUUUAAUACACCGUAAAGAACUGCUUAAUAGCUGCCUGAAAGAUCAGCCUGUUGUCCAUAAUUUUUUGAAAAAAGAAUAUAUCUCAGCAGGCACUGUGGAAACUAACACGUUAGCUGUUAUCAAACUUCUGUUAGCAAAACUUGAGGGAGAAAUAUUCCAAGCUGAAAAGUCCCUGCUUCAAGCAGCAGCUUCUUUCCCAUUAUAUGGGAGAGUACAUUGUAUAACUGGAGCUUUGCAGCAGCUACCUUUAACUAACUUGACAUUGAUGACAGAGUGGAAGCAGAUGGUGACAGAUCUUAUUUUGAUGUCCUACAAACUCUCUACUGUGGUAGCUCCUGUUGUGCAGAGUUCAUCACCCGAGGGUCUUAUUCCAAUGGACACAGAUUCAGAAAUUGCGGAUCGUUUGCAGAUGAUUCUGCAUGAGAUACAACCCCGUGAUACAAAUUAUUAUUUUACUCGAGCAAAAAUUCUGAAAGAAAGUUGCGGAACAGACUUGGAAAAACUUGUGGAUGACAAGCCAGUUGAUGUUUCUGAAGAUAUGAGAGGUAAAGAGCAAACAUGUGAUGUAACAGCUCAGAUGGUAUUGGUAUGUUGCUGGAGAAGCAUGAAGGAGGUGUCAUUACUUUUAGGGAUGCUGUGUAAACUUUUGCCUUUAAAGACUACAUCAGAAUCAUCAGAUGGAUUGAUAACAGAAGAACAGAUUAAAGAUAUAGGAAAUUACUUUAAACAUCAUCUCUUGCAGUCCAGGCACAGAGGGGCAUUUGAAUUGGCUUACACUGGCUUUGUGAAGCUCACUGAAACGCUCUCCAGAUGUAACAAUGAGAGUCUACAGAGGUUGCCAGAGCAAUGGUUGUGCAGUGUUUUGGAAGAAAUAAAAUCUUGUGAUCCUUCAUCUAAGCUAUGUGCCACUAGGCGCAGUGCUGGAAUUCCAUUUUACGUACAGGCGUUGUUGGCUUCAGAACCAAAAAAGAGUACGACAAACUUGCUGAAAAUUACAAUGAAAGAGUUGAUAUCUUUGGCUAUUCCCUUGAAUGAUUCGACAAGUACAAUCCCACAGGUUCAUGCUUUAAAUAUCCUGAGGGCGUUGUUUAGGGAUACCCGCUUAGGUGAAAACGUCAUACCUUAUGUAGCAGAUGGAAUACAAGCAGCAAUUCUUGGUUUUACAUCUCCUGUCUGGGCAGUAAGAAAUUCCUCUACACUUCUUUUUAGUGCCCUGAUUACAAGAAUUUUUGGAGUCAAAAGAGGGAAGGAUGAAAAUUCCAAAAAAAACAGAAUGACAGGCAGAGAAUUUUUCUCUCGUUUUCCAACUCUUUAUCCUUUCCUUCUCAAGCAACUGGAAAUUGUAGCUGUCUCUGGGGACAGUGAAAGUGGCGAAUGUAAGCUCCAUCCAAGUUUAUUCCUUUUGCUUUUGAUCCUGGGUAAGCUGUAUCCAUCUCCAAUGGAUGGCACUUAUUCAGCGCUCAGUAUGGCACCUUUUGUUCCUUUCAUUAUGAGAUGUGGCCACUCACCUGUGUACCGUUCACGUGAAAUGGCAGGCCGGGCUCUUGUUCCAUUUGUUAUGGUAAACCAAAUACCAUCCACUGUACAAUCCUUGCUGGCUGGGCUUCCAGACUAUACUAGUCCAUGUAUACGACAGAACCCUAUUCACGGGACGCUUCUACAAAUCUUUUACUUGCUGCAGUCCUACUUGGAAUCUAAACACAGGGUUAAUUCAGACGUUCAGCGGGAGUUAGAUGACAUCAUUACUUGUAUAGAAGCCAAAGUAUGGCUGGCCAAAAGGCAAAAUCCUUGUUUUGUGACCCGAGCUGCAUAUCUUGAUAUCUUGGUCAUGAUGGUUGAUUACAGGGGGAAAUCUAGAAGAAAAGAAAUUGAACUGUUUGGAUUUUGGCAGGAAGUGAACACAGUUAUCUCAGAUUCUGAGUUGAUGACAGGUAUCCACUACUCCUGUGCAAUACCAGGAUUGAUACAGUAUCUUCAGAGUAUCACCCAGCUUGUAAUAGCAAAGCUCUCAGUAUCUGUUGACCCUGACAUCUCAAGCAGCAGUUCACCUGUCACAGAAAAGAGGAUGAAUCCUUCUUUGCUGGUUAUCCAUUUGCUUCAGUCUGACUUUCAUGAAGUGCGUCUGCUGAUGUUAGAAACUCUGCUUCUCUGGUGGAAGCAGGUAAAUUCGAAGCAGGUUACAGGCGAGAAGAGAUGCCCAUUCAGCUCGCUUUCGGAUUUGGAGGAGACGCUCCUCAAAAUGACUAUGAUGGAAAGUCACCCACAAUGUUUUUGCAAGUUACUGGAGAUUCUGUAUUACAUGGAUCUUGAAAAUGUGCUUCCAAGAACAGAAGACUCUAUGAAAAUGAAUCCAAAAGAGCUCUUAAACUGGACUACAAACAUUGCGGAUACCUCCACCAACAUUGAAAUUCAAAGCAUAGCUCUCAAAUUUGCUUCAAAAUUGGUCAUCCAUCUUGUAGAGAAUUGCCAAGAGGUUUUGGCAUUAGAGCUGAAACACUGGGUGCAACUAAUAGCUUGUUCUUGUGGAGAUGAACAACAGACGGAUAUGCUAUUGGCAGCUGCUGAAAUACUUCAAAAUAUUACACCCCUCUUCCUGACCAAUGAAAAACUCAUCCUUGGUCUUUCCGAUACGCUGACCAUGUGGAAAUGCGUGGUUCUCCUGUUGCAGAGUGAAGAGCUGAUAGUAAGGAAUGCAGCUGCUGAAGUUAUACGGGUGGCCCAGUCUCAAGAAACUAUCUGUAAAAAAAGAGAUCCCAUGUUUUAUGUAGUAAAUGCAUCAAUGGCUUUGGAUUUAGCAUUUGGAAUAAUCUGUGAGCUGCUUCAGCUGUGGAAUGAAACCAGGGCUGGCAUACCAGUCUUAUUGGAGUGGCUACUAGGAGAGGAUGACCUAAACAAAAAUUCGGAGGCUGCAACACUGGUAGAAGACGACUACCUGUUUGAUAAAGGAGAAAUUAAUUUUUGGGUGGAGAAGCUGACUAGCGUCAGACAACUCAGCAAACAUCUCUUAUUGCUCAUAUCAGAGACUCAUGUCAAUUCACCAGAUCAAGAACUCCAGCGACUGGCAAGACUAGCAUCAGAACAAGCCCGGCUUGUUACUCGGCUUCUUAAAAAGUUGCCUCCAACUCCAGAAUUUUCCAAAACAGUGGAAUUCACGAGAUUAACCAUUCAGAAGGAAAGACUAUCCGUCUCCUUUGAGAUAUUAAACUUGCUUCAACUCCAAGGUGUUGCUUGCAACAAAGAUAAUGACCAAGAAAAAUGAAUUAACGACAGUUUAUCCCAGUGCUGUUUGCACAGUUUUUACUACUUUGUAAACAAAGAAUUCUUUCAAGGUUGGGGAGGAGGGGGUACGUUUGUUUUAUGACAGUAAUAAAUCUUGUGAGGAACUUUUUAAUAGUACGUGCUAAAACACAUUUUUCAUCUGAGUCCAUUGAAUCUUUGUCACAUUUUAUUAAAAUGCAUUUAUUAAUUUAAUUCAGAACAGCAUGGUUUAUUGCAGCUACUGUAGGAAGCAGAGCAGCUACACUUAAUAUUUUCCAUUCAACCAGGUGCAGGCCACCUGCAGAUCUGCUGUAUUUUACCCCACAAUCUAUUCCUUCUGUAUACUUGACUUUGUUUUUCCUUGUCAACAUGUAGCAUAGCUUAGCAUGUUCAAAAAUUAACCUACCUUUUUUUAAUUUUUGAAAAAGUUUUCCUUAAAAAAAAAAAUACUGGCUGCUUUUGUUUGCCUGUACAAGCUUUUAAUCAGGAUUUUUAUCUUUAUUCCAAUUUUAACCGUAGGCAGCCACAGUACCAGGUUGUGUUGCUCUUAAGUGUUUUCUUGUUUUGUGGCUAAAAAAGGCAUCAUUUAGACAUUUAAGUGCCUAACUGUUCCUGUAAUAUGCUGUCAUGGGUGACUGAGGAACUUUCCAGAAUGAAGAGCAAAAACAAGGAGUUCAUCUCAUCUAGCACCUGAGGAUGUCAUGUGUACUCACUCACUCUGUAGCCCACUCCACAAGUAGUGUUAUAAAAUGAAGAAUAGGGAUAGCAGGCCCAUGCAAACUAGGGUAAAUCUGAUAGCAAUCUCCUGAUGAUGUGCGGUGUAAUGUUAUGGUGACAUUAUUAUUGAUCUUUGGAGACUUCUUGCGAACCUCUGUAACAACAUGUGCUGUCUCUGACAAAAGAUCUCAAGCUCUUUUAUUUUUUGAACAAUUUCAUUUUUAGAAAUAAACACAGUUCAAUUUGUAUUUGAUGCAUUUGUCUUUCCUUGCUAUUGUAUAUAGAUAACAGCGUAUUAAAAUAAACAUGCAAGUGAAAAGAUGCAAUGCAUCCCUUAAGCAAGGUUAUGACUUUACAUAUUACCAGGUCAUAGCAUCCUACUGCCAAAGCAAAAGCUUAAGUUACUCGAGGGAUGUAUUUGGUAGCCAUGUUGGUCUGAGACAAAAAGAAAUGCAAAACUCUAGAACUCCUGGUUCAAAGAUGAUGCCUUUUAUCAUCUCUCUAUUACUAUUACCCUGUUACUCUAUUACAUGAGGCUAAUGUCAAAGUAUUGGAGCAAGAGUCGCGGGUUUAUCAUCAGAUAAUGACUGUUUGCACUUUCAUCCUGCCAGUGUAUUAAUGCAUGCUAUUUGUAAAUCUUACUGAAAAGCAAUCACUUAUCAUAUACUGUAUCAGAAAUCAGUGAAUGAACCACAAGAUUUUCAGAAAGGAAAAAGUAAUACCGGUCGCAACCCAGUAGGUGGCACUAUAACACAGCUUUCUAUCAUUACACUAGGCAAGUGUGCCGUUUCACAUUACUUUUCUCUUUAAUGCAUAGCUUAAUCUUCAUGUAAGCCUAAGGGCCAAUUCAAUUAGUGUAAGAUGAAUUGCUCUAGCUUGUGUUAGCUGUAUCCUUAUUAAUUUUUCAUUUUAAAUAAGAAUCAAAAUUACACUUUGAUUUUUAUCUGCUGUAAAACAAGUUGCUAAACUGAACUGCGGUAUUAGAUUAAGUCACAAUUAAACAUGCUUUUAUUUAUGAGCUAAAUAUGAAAAAGAAUAGUUUAACAUAAAUGCUUGCUAUUGCAUAUAUUUUAAGCCAAAAAUGGAGCUUUCAAAGUAGAAUAUUCUGUUCUAUUUUGCAGGCUUUUAUCAGAAACAUUUUCUUCACAUUGUGGUUUCAUGAUUCAACAUGUCUCACUCAUGCAAGUAAUCCUCAGUAGUAAAAGGACAUAAGUUUUCAAUGGCACAAAGAAAACUGCGUCUAAAAUGAAAAAAUAAUUCACAGAUAAUUUUACUCUUUGCUAAAAAACAAAUCAGGAUUCAAAUAGUUAUAAAAAUCAUUAGGAUUCAUGAAAGGGUUUCUUUUUGCUCUUUGGGAAAACAGCACUUUUUUAUUCAAAGCUGUUUCAAAGUAUUUCAAGCAUUCAAGAACUGUAAAGCUAGCUGCUGUCACAUUACUGCACCUUUCCACCUUCUCAGACACCUCAGAUAGCUACUGAUUUUUGUCGCUGGGUAAUGAAAUAUUGGAAACACAUCCCCUUGAGUUCAAAAUGUAUGUAAACUUCUCUGGGCCUUAGUAGUGUGAGCGGUGUAAAAACGAGUAUGACACACUUGAAAGUCAUCACCAAGAAAGUGGUUUUACUCAGUUCAGGGAAAAGGAACAGGUUCAGUACUGACACCCUGGCAUGCAAGGGUGCAACAGGUCCCUCCCAACAUUUCUCUCAAAACUGACUUGUGAAGCUUUAUGGGCAUAGCCUACGAAAUAACUUGGAAAUGCAAUCUUUCUCAUGGUUUCUCACAGAGCCUGACUAUAAACGCUGCAGUAUCCCACAGGAUUAGAGAGCAAAUAACUUCAUCUCCCCUUGCGCGCAGUUCAGAUCAAGCUGCCAGUGCCUGGAGUUACUGUAUAACUACUCAACCCGAAACCUUUAAACCUUAAACAGCCCUGGUGGGAGUGUUGCAGGCAGCAGCUUAUCUAUCUGCCCUACGUGUCAUCUGCCUGGCUUCAGUAGCCUGGUGGUUGCUGCGAGCCUGCUCGCACCUCCCUCCUGCCCCGAGUAUCUUGGCCCUUUCCUUAGACUGGGAACCAGGGGGCAGGCUCUGCGGCCCGGGCGGUGUUUUACAAUCUUAAAAGGAGGUUUCGCUUUUUGAAUCGGGGGAUGGGCCUACGAAGCCUGCCUGCUUGCGGAGCCAAGCGGCGGCGGGAGAGGCUCGGAGUGGGCACAGGCGAGGUUAAUCACGCUGGCGGCUCGCUCCCAGCGGAGGCGCUGUGACCGCACCAGGCGCUCGGCUCUCCGGGGCAGCAGCCCGAAGCCGAGGGGCCGGGCGAGGCGCUGCCCUGGCCCUGCCCUUGGCGCGGCGGCGGGGAGGA